UUAUCCGGCGGAAAUGGACGAGAUGCUUUUCCGAUAAUUCAUUUUAAUAUGGAGAUGAUGAUGGUUAGUCAACGCAAAUACUCCCUCCCUCCUCCUGUGUCCACAAGCCUCAGUUGAAGCUUUCUAUCUUCCCAAAUCCCUCUUCCUCAAAGCCAAGACUCAACUUCACUUCUUCUUUCUUCUUCCUGAUAUCUCCCUCUACUUCCUGGUAUAAUUUGUUACAUAGAACCAAUUGAUGGCUAGCAAGAGAAUUCAGAAGGAACUACAGGAUUUGCAGAGAGACCCUCCAACCUCAUGCAGUGCUGGGCCGGUGGGAGAAGACCUCUUCCACUGGCAAGCAACCAUCAUGGGUCCGCCCGAUAGCCCGUAUGCCGGUGGUGUAUUCUUCAUAAUGAUCCAUUUCCCGCCCGAUUAUCCGUUUAAACCUCCCAAAGUCAACUUCCAAACCAAGGUUUAUCAUCCCAACAUCAACUCCAAUGGCAGCAUAUGUCUUGACAUUCUCAAGGAACAAUGGAGCCCAGCAUUGACCAUUUCAAAAGUCCUUCUCUCCAUCUGCUCUCUUCUCACUGACCCCAACCCAGACGACCCUCUAGUCCCUGAAAUUGCUCACAUAUACAAACACCAGAGAAACCGAUACGAGGAAACGGCCAGGGCAUGGACACAGAAGUACGCCAUGGGUUAAAGAUCAGGUCCUGCCAUGUUAAGAUGCUUGUUGGAAACUGUACUUACUUGAUGACUGAAAGACUUGUAGGCAAUUGAAAAUGCUGAUAAGCAUGUUUUGGAAUCUAGAUUAUGGUGAAACAAACCCAGCAUAAGUGUCUGAAGUUUUUCUCUGCAGAACUAUUUUUGCUUUGAUUGUUGUUGUUUGUGUGCUUGUCACUUUUUGGCUCUUCAGUACACUGGUAAUCUACUUGAAUGUCAGAUUGGGUAUUGUGGAAA